AUGUUUGAUCCUACAGAACUACAGUACCUUAAUCCUAAUAUCGACAGAAGGAUAGCGAUCGUCACCGGUGGGAAUUCAGGAAUAGGGUUCUACACCGCAUUACAUCUCUAUCUUCACGGAUACAUAGUCUAUAUUGCGGGCAGAAACAAAACAAGAGUUACAAAGGCCAUUGUAGAAAUGAAAGAGGUUGCCAACGUUAAGACUUUGCAAUACUCACCAGACCAAGUUACGGAGAGAUACAACGGAGAACUCUUCUUUCUUGAGAUCGAUCUCUUGGAUUUGAACUCGGUUAUACGGGCAGCGGAGAUCUUCAAGUCGUUGGAGUCAAGCUUGCACAUUCUAGUCAAUAAUGCCGGUGUCAUGGCAUUGCCAUUCAGUUUAACCAAGGACGGAUUUGAAAUUCAACUACAAACUAACUAUAUCUCGCCAUUUUUAUUCACCACAAGGCUUUUGCCCUUGCUCGAGAAAACUGCAGCUACACCCAAUAAAAUUGCUGGGUCUACUGAACCUAUCCAACCAAGAAUAGUGUAUGUUUCGUCCAUUGGUCAUCACUUUGCAUUCAGAUACUUCAAUAUGAAUUCUCACUUCCAGUAUUACCCCAAUAUUAUGUUUACUUGGUUCAGAUAUGGGAUAGCCAAGACAGCAGCCAUUCAUUUCAUGAAGAUGCUUGCUUUAAGAAACCCCAAGAUCUUAUGCCUUCUGGUUCACCCUGGUUUUGUUAUGAAUACCAACUUAUUUGCCUACUGGACCAGAUUGCCUAUAAUAGGUAUAUUGUUUUGGUGCCUUUUCCAAAUCUUUGGAUAUAUAUUCGGUGUUAGCAAUGAAGAAGGUGCAAUGGCAAGCUUAAAGUGUUGCUUAGAUCCUAGUUUGAAUGUAGAGCAAGAUAACGGGAAAUACUUUGCCACAGGAGGUGUUGAGGCUUCUCCCUCAAGAGUAGCUAGAAACAUGGAUUAUGCGGCAAGAACAUGGAUUUGGACCUUGAAGGAAUUGGGGAAUAGAGAGAUUUCCAUAUGA